AUGAGGACUGCUGCCCUCCACUUUACCUUUCUCCUCUGUAUGAGUCAAGUUCUACCAGCCAGGGGGAAGUUCAAGGAGAUCUGUGAGCGUCCGAAUGGCUCCUGCCAGAACUUUUGCCUCGAAACAGAAAUCCACGUUGGGAGAUGUUUAAAUAGCCAACCAUGCUGCCUGCCUCUUGGGAACCAACCAAGAAUUGAGAAUACUACUCCCAAGAAGAACUGA